ACUACUUGCAAUACCAACCCAAUACACGAUACGAUAUUGCGGAGCUUUCACUCGAGACCACACUGCACAGUACAGGCCUGCAAUUGAGCGUGCUGCAUCACCGGACCGGGUGAUUCCGGCCUGCAGCCUAAACAGUCCAACCAGGCUGAGAGGCACGCAUUCAGUUGCAACUCGACUCUACGCUUUCACUUUCUAUCUACUUAUCAACUUCUGGUAUACACAAUCAUAUCGUAUGUUAUGGUAGAGUUUGCUAAUUGCAUAUUGACUGAAAAUGCUUUCUACUAGCCUUCGAGCGUGCUAGACCAUGACGCGGCUCGCUGGGGUGUAUCGAAUAUCCUUGGCAUUACUCAUUCUCUCCUGGAUAUCCUAUGUUCAAGCCCGAAACACAACGACUAGAAUUAGCUUGAGUUCAUCAAGCUACGAGCUUACUUCCUUGGGCAUAGCUAACACAAGACCAGAGAAAUGCCCCCCCUGUUUUAACUGUCAACUCGACGCAUUCUCAUGCGGACAUUUCGGUGAAUGUUCCAACUAUGACGGCCAAUGCAAGUGUCCUGCAGGAUGGGCCGGUAUUGAUUGCUUGACACCGCAAUGUGAUUCACUGGCGGAUGGAGAGAAGCGAAGACAGAGAGAAGAAGGCAAAGAAUGCGAUUGCGAAGAUGGUUGGGGUGGAGUCAACUGUAAUGUUUGCAAGACGGAUGCUGCUUGUGCCAAUUUUCCUAUACCUGGCGGUGACCAUGACGGUAUCCCCGCCGACGACGACCUUGGCGUUGCAAAUAUGACUUGUUUCAAGGGCGGAGUGUCUGUAUACGAGAACCACCAGGCAUGUGAUGUUACCAACCGGAAGAUUCUAGAUCAACUAGACGGACGGAAACCUGAAGUGACUUUCAGCUGCAAUAAGGACGCCGGAACAUGUCAAUUCCAAUUCUGGGCUGCUCAGAUAGAAUCAUUCUAUUGUGGACUCGACACUUGCAAAUCCGAGCUGCAGACAGGCUAUGACACCAACGUCACUCUGUAUAGCUGCGAGAACAUGCAAUGUCGGUGUGUUCCUGGUCGGUUCAUAUGUGGAGAGAAUGGCAGCGUUGAUAUCCACGAGUACUUCGAGGAAGAUAUCAAGGGUCCGGCGAGUUUCCGGUGUGAAACUGGCCAAGGAUGCACAUUCUCAGAGCCGGCUAUGGACGAACUCAUCUUGACGUUCUUUGGAGAUCCGCAUAUUACCUUGCGGUGCGAAAGCGGAGAGUGCCUGCAUUAUUCGCAAGUGCCCGGUUUUGUGCGUCCGCCGAAACCUGACAACACGGCUUUCGUCGCAGCGACAGUUGCAUUCGCAGGCCUUAUCGUCAUCGCAGCCUCUGCCAUCCUCUGGUACCUCGGCCGAACUCGUUCAGGCGACUUUGGGAAGAUUCGUCUGCCCGAAAGCGAGACUGCCAAACUAAUGACGGACCAUGUCCCCGCUUCCCUUCACUUCACCAAUAUUUCUUACUCUCUCUCUGAUGGUCGAACACUCCUGGACAACAUAUCUGGUUCAGUCAAGCCUGGUCAAAUCAUGGCUAUUAUGGGAGCGUCUGGAGCCGGUAAAUCCACAUUCCUCGAUAUCCUGGCGCGAAAGCGCAAACGCGGUAUCGUGAGCGGUACGACGUUGGUGAAUGGACGUGAAGUCCCGGACGACGACUUCAAGAAUGUCAUGGGUUUCGUAGAUCAGGAGGAUACAUUGAUGAGUACUCUGACGGUGUAUGAGACUGUGUUGUAUUCGGCGCUUUUAAGGUUACCGAGGGAGAUGAGUUUGGAAGCGAAGAAAUUCAGGACGUUGGAGACCAUGCAUGAACUGGGUAUUCUAGGGAUCAAGGAUUCCAGGAUUGGUAACAAAGGUCGACGUUCGAUAUCUGGCGGCGAGAAACGACGUGUGUCUAUUGCUUGCGAACUCGUCACCAGUCCUUCCAUCCUAUUCCUUGACGAGCCUACUAGUGGCCUCGACGCGUACAACGCUCUUAGUGUCGUCGACAGCUUGGUCUCUCUCGCUCGAGACUACAAUCGCACGGUCGUGUUUACAAUCCACCAACCUCGCAGCAACAUCGUUUCGUUAUUCGACCAGCUGAUACUACUCGCUCAGGGCAAGCUGAUCUACUCUGGAGAAGCUGCAAAGGCGUACGAAUACCUCGAGAAGAUCGGCCAUCCUUGUCCUCCUGGUUUCAACAUUGCUGACUUCAUGAUCGAUUUGACGAUGUUGGCUGGUUAUGAGCCGCGUUCGCUGGAUAGUCCAAGUUCAGAACCAACACGUUCAGAUGACCAGAAUGAUUCUCUUCGUGACGAAGAGAUCGGUAUCAAUGUCAACCGUGGUGCCCCUUCUCCGCGUCUUUCCACCAUUUUACCAGUCGCAGACGAAGCUCAAACCCAGGCUCCCCAGACUGCAAGCCCUUCAGUCGUCACUUCCUCGACGAACUACGUCAAACGCAAGACAUCACAGCUCAUCAAUGUAAUGAAUUCAUCAUCUCAACGGAGCAUUACAGCUAUUUCGCCUAAGCUCGCCGAACUCGUUGAUGCAUACCGGAAUAGUGAUAUCGCUGCUCAGCUUCGCCGAGAGAUUGAGGAGGCCGCAAGAGCCGCGCAACCCCAGUCGACUCAACCCCAGGGUCAAAAUGGAUCUUUGCCAGAUGUUGCAUUGGAGAACUCAUUGACGAGAGGGAGGAAACGGGCGAGUUGGGGUACUCAAUUCCAAAUUCUGAGUGGAAGAGCUUUCAAGAAUCUGUAUCGAGAUCCGGCAUUGCUGGCGGCGCACUAUGCAUCUUCAGUCCUCGUUGCAUUGAUAUGUGGCGUUUUCUUCCACAACCUUGGCAAUGAUAUCGCUGGAUUCCAGAACCGAUUGGGCAUGUUCUUCUUUGCUCUGUCGCUCUUUGGCUUUUCGUGCUUGUCGAGUUUGAGCUUGUUUGCAAAUGAACGUAUACUCUUUAUGCGUGAACGCGCCAAUGGAUACUAUUCCUCGUUCACCUACUUCGCUUCCAAGAUUCUUUUUGACAUACUGCCACUUCGUGUUGUACCGCCAUUCGUCUUCGGAGGCAUUGUUUAUGGCCUUAUCGGCCUCGUCCCCACUGCCGCUGCAUUCUGGAAGUUCAUGCUUACCCUCGUGCUAUUUAACCUCACCACGGCAAGCGUGAUCCUACUAUUGUCAAUAGCGUUCGCAAGCAUUGGAGUGGCAAGCUUGGUCGGCACUCUUAUCAUGCUUUUCAAUCUGCUAUUCACCGGAUUGCUGAUCAACCGAGAAACCGUUCAUCCGGCAUUCCGAUGGUUGCAUACGGUGUCAUUCUUCCAUGCUGCCUUUGAAGCGCUCGCUGUCAACGAGCUUCGAUAUCUGCAACUUCGGCAAAACAAGUUCGGAGUGGAGCUUGAUGUCCCUGCUGCGACGAUUCUUUCACUAUUCGGUCUCCGAGCUGGCUCCUUCUGGUGGCCGAAUAUCGCAUUGUUAGGCAUUUUCUUCGGCACUUUCACGAUUCUGAGCUAUCUCAUCCUCCACUUCUACGUGAAGGAGAAGCGAUAGCAUGCCGCUUAUGAACUGGAUGAUAUACUUUGUAUGUUUAUUGGGGUAUGAUGUAUGACUACCUGUGUAUAGUUCGGCUCGAUAUUGCAGAAAUUUCAAUUAAUCAGUUACACACCCUUUUCUUAAACCGUAGAAUCUAACUUCCACUUGAGGCAUCAACCUGCGAGCAAGGAUGUCUGGUCUCUAUUGAAAAAAACCAAGAUGUCUGUU